ACACAUUAACUUCUAAUGUUAUAAAAUAUCGCAUUCAAUCAUUUCCUAGUUUAUUUAGUCAUUAAUUGUGUAUCCAGUAUUGAUACUAGUUGCUAUUAACAUCGUUCGAUGUUAGACAGGAAUCCGGUCAUUAGAAGAAGUUGCACUUGGCAGUAAUUCAUGUUAACAAUGGUAUGAUAAUGGAAGAUGACUUUUGGGCCUCCAUUGGUCGUCCUCGUUACGUUGCGGCUCCUAUGGUCAACCAGAGUGAAUUACCAUUUCGUUUAUUAUGCCGACGAUACAAUGUUGAUUUAACAUACACUCCUAUGCUUCACGGUCGCAUAUUCGUUGAGAAUGAGAAGUACCGUGCAGUACACUUCCAGACAUCUGAUGAUGAUCGUCCAUUGAUUGCGCAAGUUUGCGGCGAUGAUGCUGGUACCAUUACUCAGGCCGCUCGUUUAUUAAAAGGGCAUGUAUCCGCUGUCGACCUUAACUUGGGUUGUCCUCAAGCCAUUGCUAAAGACGGGCACUAUGGCUCAUUUCUUCUUGACGAGCCUGAUUUGGUUACUGGCAUUGUAAGCCGUGUUACACGGGAGGUCGGCAUUGCAGUGACUUGCAAAAUUCGCAAGGUUGAUAAAGACUCUUUACAAUCUACGUUAAACCUAUGUUACAGUUUAGAGCAAAGUGGAUGUAAGGCUCUAACUGUCCACGGUCGUCACCGUUCUGAGAAGGGUACUAACGUUGGUGCUGCUGACUGGGAUGCCAUCCGCAUUAUUAAAUCACGCUUGCGCAUCCCGGUGAUUGCCAAUGGUGGCAUUGAGACUUUUGCUGACGUCGAACGUUGUUUAUCUUACACUGGUGCUGAUGCUGUAAUGUCUUCCGAAUCGCUUUUGGAGCGGCCGUAUUUAUUUUCCGGUAUUACAUAUGACCACCUCGACAUAAUGGACGAGUACCUGGGUAUAGUUCGGCGGUAUCCUGAUCAAUCGCCUUGCUGCAUCCGUGGUCAUGCAUUUAAGAUUUUAUUUCAACACUGUCAGCGCCACCCUGAGAUACGCAAUCGUUUAACUGACGCUAUGAGUUUGGAUGACUUUUCCAGUGUUGUGAGUUACUUGCGUACUGUGGAUCUAGGCAUGGAGUCCUACACACACGUGGAAGGUUCGUGGUAUCGUCGUCAUCGCAGUGCUGCUGGUAUUGUUCCUAACUCUAGUAGCGGUGUUAACUAUGACCCUGUUGCUUUUGAGGGCCUAGGCGGUCUUUUUGGGGGGUGAAGCAAUAUUCUUACACACGACAUCACUG